UUGAAAUGUGCACACAUUUACUCUGCUGUGAACAGGUGACCAUGUAAUGACCCAUAUAAGCAACAGUCAGACAGUGAGGGCUAUUUCGUAUGCACACAGACUCAAAAAGCAUAAAACAGAAACAUGAAUAAGAUUUUGGCCAUCUUAAGUUUAUCUGCAUUUCUCUGCUGCUGUGGUGUGCAGAGUGAUGAAUCAUAUGCCUUAAGACAACAAAUCGUCAAUUCUGGGACUGUAGUCUUUGUAGACUUCCUGGAGAAAGUCAGAAACGCUACAGAGAAAUUAGUGAGAGAUGAGCAGUUUAGAAAAUCAAGGAUUUCUAUCCAAGGAUACAUGAAAGCCUUAAGAGAGUUGGCAAAACCACUGAAAAAUAGUGAGAGUGCUAGAGAGAGCCAGGAUAAUUCAGCUAUAUUGCCACAGAGAUUAUUUACGUUAAUGGCUGGUGGUACAUUUGGGGCAAUGAUCCAGCAAGUCUUUGACAAGUUUUUCUUUCCGUAUAUGAAGAUUUACCGUGAGACCUUAAAAAACCAGACAAUGGCAGAAAUCUGGAAAGAAGUGGAGUUAUACUAUCUUCCAGGAGCUCCUCCAGUCUACAGUAAACCCAUGCAGUUCUUCAGUCACCUUCUGGCUAAGGCGGUGGUGAAGUCCCAGCUGGUGAACAUGCUUGAAGCUGGGGUGGAUACUGUUAUGGAGAUUGGAAAAACAGAUUUCAACCAACUUCAUGAGGACGGGCAGAUGGUUAUGGAUCAGAUCAGACAGAAAGCCUUUGAAAUUUCAGUUUUGGAAAGACAAAAAGAAAAGAAUGAUUUGCUUAUAUCAUUAAGAACUGCAUCUGGACUGAUUGUUUUUUACUGGGAUAAAGUUUUGGAACACACUGAAAGCCCAUCGUUCCAUGCAGAAUACUUGGAUUCAAUGAAGCAAUGGGCCGAGCUAACCGAGUUGAAAAACCCAAGUGUAAAGUAUCAUGUGCUUUUAGACCCGGAUACAAGGCGCAGUUUUUUGAAUUGGACUGAACUUCAUUUUGGUAAAUUCUUUGAGACCGCGGCCCAGGAAUAUUAUAAUCGUGGAAAUGCAGCUCUUGGUUUGGACAGAUUCAAUCAGUCCAACUGGGCUGUUGUCAAAAGCACGGUUGUUUACUCUCUUCCUGUUUAUGAAAAGCUGUCUGCAGUUGGAUUUGAGAUUACUGAGGUCAACAGGUUUCUUCACAAAGUUAACCACAUAACCCUUAUUCUUGAAGGGAAUGAUAUAUCCUCUAACAGACAAACUUUUUUGGAGAGUUGCAUUCGUGGCAUUUUGUAUGCACUUACUCUAGACAUUGAAGAGGAGAAAACCAAUAGCAAAGAUAACCAACUAUUACUGCCUUUGCGAGUAAUUAGGACAGUGUUCCUAGAUUUGUGGAGCACUUUUCUCAGAUUUGCAAAUUUCGGCUAUUUUGAUGAGACUGAAUUUCAGCAAACACAGAGAAAAUGGAAUGAUACAAGGAACAUCAUCAUUAAUGAGUUAUUAAAAAGUAAUGCAUUUACUCGAAAGCAGCUUGAAGAAGCACCAAAAAACUUUGUUCAAGCCAUUCACCGGAUCCUGGAGAAACUGAAGCAGUAUACUGAUCUUGUUGAUGACUUUGAUGGAAGGAUCGAUCCAACUAUUUUAGCCUUCAAGAAGUCGAUGCAUCGCACAAACCUCAUGUUUAAUGAUGUCUGGGACCUGCUGUUGGACUAAACUCUUUAAUAUUUGAAAGCAAUGUCAAGAUUGCAACUGCUGGCAAUAAACAGGAUUAUACCAGCAAUGUAUUAACUGUUAUUGCAUACCUGCCUCUGAAAGAAUACUAGGAUAAUUGCAUUGGUGAACGUUGAGUAAAACAAAUUCCACUCUA